AAUGUAUCAGUGGCUUGGAGAAAUUUGUCUUAUUCUUGGACUACUUUGAUGCAUAUAUACAUAAUGACAUUUUGGGUUGGGUUCAUUGCCGUUGUCAGACUUAUCGUCGUCCCCCCCAUCUUCAUCAACAAUACGGGAAAGGCCUUGCAUGUAAAGUACUUCCGAUCAUCAGAAGUAACGUUGGGUGCUGGAGGCCUGAGAGCUUUGCAGGGAAUUUGGAGAAUUGGAAGUAGAUCUUAUGUAUCAUGCGCAAGAAAUUAACAUCGUCAGGGGGAGGGACGAGCAUGAUAGAAAAAAACCCAAGGUGAGACAAGAGAAUAGGAACUCGCUGACCUUGAUCGGUUUGGAGGUCG